CGGAAGGACGCCGAGGGUGGGGCUUCGAUCAACUGACGUGUCUUUUUGAGGGGAGAGUUGCAGUUGCUGCUGCUGCUGCUCGGCCCUUCCUUUUCCGCGUUGAGGGCGCCGAGAUGGGGAUUAAAUUUCUUGAAGUAAUCAAGCCCUUCUGCGUUAUCUUACCAGAAAUUCAAAAACCAGAAAGGAAGAUCCAGUUUAAAGAAAAGGUGCUAUGGACAGCUAUUACUCUCUUCAUCUUUUUGGUCUGCUGCCAGAUUCCCCUUUUUGGUAUUAUGUCAUCGGAUUCAGCUGAUCCCUUUUAUUGGAUAAGAGUAAUUCUGGCUUCCAACAGAGGCACGCUGAUGGAAUUAGGCAUUUCUCCCAUUGUCACAUCUGGUCUCAUCAUGCAGCUACUGGCUGGUGCCAAAAUAAUUGAAGUUGGGGAUACACCAAAAGACAGAGCUCUCUUCAAUGGUGCACAGAAAUUGUUUGGCAUGAUUAUUACUAUUGGACAAUCUAUUGUUUAUGUAAUGACUGGGAUGUAUGGAGACCCAUCAGAGAUGGGAGCAGGAAUUUGUCUCCUUAUCACCAUUCAGCUUUUUGUUGCUGGUUUGAUAGUUCUUCUGUUGGACGAACUUUUGCAAAAAGGCUAUGGUCUUGGCUCUGGCAUUUCUCUCUUCAUCGCUACUAAUAUCUGUGAGACUAUUGUAUGGAAGGCAUUCAGCCCAACUACAGUGAACACUGGCCGAGGCAUGGAAUUUGAAGGCGCCAUCAUUGCCCUGUUCCAUCUGCUGGCUACUCGCACAGACAAAGUUAGAGCUCUCAGGGAAGCCUUCUACCGGCAGAAUCUCCCCAACCUUAUGAACUUGAUUUCCACCAUAUUUGUCUUUGCUGUUGUCAUUUAUUUCCAGGGAUUUAGAGUGGACCUCCCUAUAAAAUCUGCUCGCUACCGUGGCCAAUACAAUACUUAUCCAAUCAAGUUGUUCUAUACCUCCAAUAUUCCCAUUAUUCUUCAGUCUGCAUUGGUUUCCAACUUGUAUGUAAUUUCUCAGAUGCUCUCUGCUCGUUUUAGUGGCAACAUAUUGGUUAGCCUUCUGGGUACUUGGUCUGAUACAUCAACUGGAGGUCCUGCCCGUUCCUAUCCUGUUGGUGGUCUUUGUUAUUACCUGUCGCCUCCUGAGUCUUUUACAUCAGUUUUAGAUGAUCCUGUUCACGCAGUUGUUUAUAUUGUGUUUAUGUUGGGUUCCUGUGCUUUCUUUUCCAAAACCUGGAUUGAAGUCUCUGGCUCGUCUGCAAAAGAUGUUGCUAAACAACUGAAAGAGCAACAGAUGGUUAUGAGGGGCCACAGAGAAACCUCCAUGGUUCAUGAACUCAACAGAUACAUUCCAACAGCCGCCGCCUUUGGUGGCCUCUGCAUUGGUGCCCUCUCUGUGCUGGCAGACUUCCUUGGGGCAAUAGGAUCAGGCACGGGAAUCUUGUUGGCUGUCACCAUCAUUUACCAAUACUUUGAAAUCUUUGUAAAAGAGCAGAGUGAAGUUGGCAGCAUGGGAGCACUUCUCUUCUAAAUGCAAUAUUGUUUCAUGGACCUAGGGACCGGCGAAGAGUGUUUUUAAGUUUUUAAAAAUCAGGUGAAAGAGAUUAACAGUUACACAAAAAAUACAUGGGCAUACUGCAUUAAUAGAAACACUUCUUUUAAAUGUGUGAAUUUUUUUCUGAAGCACAUUCCUUCGGUUCAGACUUUAUUGGUAUUUAGUUGCUGUUUUAUAAAUAGCUGGAAAAUGUGUAAAAAAAACAUUUUUAGAAAAAAAAGGUCUUCUGUUCUUUAUUAUUGUUUGAAGCAAUUCUCUAAAUUGGUUUAAUCUGAGAGCCUUUUCUCCCUACUUCAAACUGCACAAUUUUGUCCCUAAGUUGCUUGAAGGUUUUCUGGGUUCAUUAUUUAAAUGAAGAGUGGACGGUUAUUUGUUGCAGUGUGAUAUUUGUCUCUUUCCCCGUAGUGGGGUAGGGAAAUGGAGACUCUUCUCGCCUGAUGGUGAAAAUCACCACCCAAAUUAUCCAUUCUUUCAGGGGGAGGGUUCCUUUUGAGAAGCACCUACGUUACUUCUCCCCCUAGGAUACCACACUUAGAACAUCCAGAUGUCUAGUCAAGCACAGUCUGUGUUUUCAGGGCUGACUGCGGCCUUUGACUGUUUCUGUACUUCUGCCUGGGAUGAUAAUAGGCUCCAUCUGUUGGUAGAAAUCUCCGGUCAUGUUACUCUACAGCAGGGCUGUCAAACUCCCAGCCCGCAGGCCAGAUGUGUCGCACACUGGCCAUGCCCAUGCCCAGUUUAGCGAAGGCGGAAAAAGUCCUGAUACAUCACAUGAUGACAUGAGUUUGACACUCCCGCUUUACAAGAAUGAAAAUUAUGUCUUGCAAUGCUGUACUGAACAGAGACCGCAAACAGUGCCAUAGAAGAAGCCUGAAAUUUCUUACAAAUGGAUGCUUAUAGUUUGUAUUGUAUUUAUUAUUUUUAUCUCUUGACAAGUGUUGAAUGCAGUAUUUCUCUUGGAAGUUACUGUACUCCUUACAAGUUUUAUUUGCCAUGAGAUCAAAAUAAAUUCUGAGUUAGGAGGUAUGAUGUUAACUAUUAAUCUGCUUGAUGAUAUAUGGAAGCCAGUAGAACCUGCAUAUUGAUUCAAAUGCUUAUUGUCUCCCCACCAAUUGCUCUGGAAUAGUGACUACAAGCCAUGCAAAUUCUUGUCCGCCUAAGGGACCCCCCCUUAUUUCCAGAUAGUUUCCUAUGUUUUUCUAAGCUGAGGUGAUGGUGCUUCUUUAGAGACCAAGUAGCCAUUGCUUGCUUUCAGGGUAACAC